GAUAACUUCAACUUGAAAGUAAAGUGCAGAUGACAUUCUCAUAAAAAUGUUAUUUUAUUUAAUAUCAGCUGUUUUAAUUAGUUUGAUAACAAUUCUUUAUGGAUUUAUUAAAUAUCGUUUUACAUAUUGGGAACGUAAACAAAUUCCACAUAAAAAACCAAAAUUCCCUAAAGGUAAUAUGACUGGAAAUUUUUUAAUUGAUUUAAAAAAUCUUUAUGCAAAUUUGAAAAAUGAGAAAAAUCAAUUUUUUGGGGCGUAUUUUUCAUUAGCACCUGUUGCAAUAAUCACUGAUUUAAAUCUUAUUCGAUUAAUAUUAAUUAAAGAUUUUGAAUAUUUCUCAAAUCGUGGAAUGUAUCAUAAUGAAAAGUAUGAUCCACUAUCAGCAAAUUUAGUGACAAUAGAUGCCGAUAAAUGGAAAAAUCAAAGAACAAAAAUUUCACCGACAUUUUCAUCUGGUAAAAUGAAAUUUAUGUUUCCCACAAUCAAAGCAAUUGGACAAAGAUUAACAGCUCAUAUUGAAAAAUUCGAAGAAAAAGAUCUUGAUAUUUAUGAAAUUGCUUCUCGUUAUACUAUCGAUGUAAUUGGAGCUGUCGCAUUUGGUAUAGAAUGCGAUAGUUUGUCAAAUCCAAAUUCAGAUUUCUAUAAAUAUGGUAUUAAAGGAAAUGAAAAACGUGAAGGUCGUAACCCUUUAAAAAUGAUGUUAAAAAUACAAGCACCAAAUUUAGCAAGAUAUUUGGGUAUUAAAGAUACACCAAAUGAUGUUAUAGAAUUUUUUGUACAAACUGUUGAUAAUACAAUCAAUUAUAGAAAAAAAAAUAAUGUUAGAAGAAAUGAUUUUAUGGAUAUUAUGAUCGAAAUGAAAAAUCAAUCGAAAUUAAGUUUCAAUGAAAUAAUAGCAAAUUGUUAUAUGUUUUUUAGUGUCGGUUAUGAUACAUCAUCUAUAACAUUAGCAUUUUGUAUUUAUGAACUUGUAAUGAAUAGUGAAAUACAGGAUAAAAUUAGAAAGGAAAUCCGAUCAGUAUUAGAUAAACAUAACGGAGAUUUAUCAUGGGAAGCUCUAAUGGAAAUGCCAUAUUUAGAACAAGUUUUAAAAGAAACUUUAAGAAAAUACCCAGUUCUGGCAAUGUUAGGACGAGUAGCAACUAAAAAUUAUAAAAUUCCAAAUUCUAAUUAUAUUAUUGAAAAAGGUAUUCCAGUAAUCAUUCCAAUUUAUGAAAUUCAUCAUGAUGAAAAUAUUUAUCCGAAUUCAAAAGUUUUUGAUCCUGAACGAUUUUCUGACAUUAAUGUGGAAAAAAGACAUCCAAUGGCUUUUCUUGGAUUUGGUGAUGGUCCCAGGAAUUGUAUUGGAAUGAGAUUUGCAAAAUUACAAACUAAAAUAGCUCUUAUAUCAAUUUUAAACUCAUAUAAGUUAUUCAAAAGUGAUAAAUUACAAAUUCCUUUGAUUUAUAAUACAAAAAGAUUUCUUUUGUCACCACAAACAAAAGUUUGGAUAAAAUUUAAAAAAUUGUAACUACAAUUAAAUUUACACUUCGUCUAUUUAAAAAAAAAAGUCUGUAAAUAAUACUUUUUAUGGAGCAUCUGAAUUAAACGAAAGAAUAAAUAUUCUGCAUUAUUAUACAAAGUUAACAUACCAAUAUAGAAGUAUCUAUUCAUAUAUGUAUUAUUCAAAACUAUUUCAUUAAUUAUAUUUAAUCUUGAAAUUAGAUAACUUCUACUCUACAUAUGGUAAAUAG